AUGGGUCUCACACAACAUCAUCCUUUUGAUCCUCUCUCCGGAGAUGAGAUCGCCGCUGCCGUUGAGGCUAUCCGCAAGUAUCAGUCCGGCCGACUCCUCUUCAAUGCGGUUACUCUACAUGAGCCCCGCAAGAAGGAGAUGUUGAGGUGGCUGGAGCAUCCUUCUGAUGGAAAUAAACCUGCGAGAAUUGCGGAUGUCACUGUCAUUCUUCCCGAUGGAGCUGUCUACGAUGGUCUUGUGGAUCUCAAGACGAGAAAGGUCCAGAAGUGGGAGAAGCUCGAUGGUCUUCAGCCUAUUAUCACACCCGAGGAACUCAUCCAGGUCGAGGAGAUCAUGCGCAAAGACCCCAAGGUCAUAGAACAGUGCGAAAUCUCCGGCAUUCCCAAAUCAGACAUGCACAAGGUCUACUGCGACCCCUGGACAAUCGGCUACGAUGAACGCUUCGGUAGCAACAUUCGUCUGCAGCAGGCACUCAUGUACUACCGUCCGGAUCCUGAUACCUUCCAGUACCAGUACCCUCUUGACUUCUGCCCCAUCUACGACGGCGCCAAGAAGGCCAUCAUCCACAUUGAUGUCCCCAGCGUGCGUCGUCCAUUGAGCAAGCAGAAGGCUAUUGACUACACUCCUCGCUACAUCAAUGAGAACGGUGGUUAUCGAAAGGAUAUCAAGCCUAUCAACAUUACACAGCCAGAGGGUGUCUCGUUCACCAUGAAUGGACGCGUUUUGUCGUGGCAGAACUUCAAGUUUCAUAUUGGUUUCAACUACAAGGAGGGUAUUGUGCUGAACCACAUCACCUUCACCGACAAGGGUAUCGAGCGACCUAUCUUCUACCGUCUCUCCCUCUCGGAGAUGGUCGUCCCGUACGGUGCGCCCGAGCACCCUCAUCAGCGAAAGCACGCCUUUGAUCUUGGUGAAUACGGUGCAGGAUACAUGGCCAACUCUCUCGCUCUGGGCUGCGACUGCAAGGGUGUGAUCCACUACCUCGACGCCGAAUUCGCCGCUCGCGAUGGUUCUAUCCGCACCAUCAAGAACGCCAUCUGUAUUCACGAGGAGGAUAACGGUAUUCUCUUCAAGCAUACUGACUUCCGCGAUGAUUCCGUCACCGUCACACGCGCGCGAAAACUCAUCGUGCAGCAGAUCUUCACAGCGGCGAACUACGAGUACGCAUGCCAGUGGGUGUUCCACCAAGACGGCACAAUCCAGCCUGAGAUCAAACUCACUGGUAUUCUCAACACAUACGCUCUCAACGAGGGCGAAGAGGCUGGACCGUGGGGCACAGAGGUUUAUCCCCAGGUCAACGCUCACAACCAUCAGCACUUGUUCUGUCUGCGCGUGAACCCCAUGAUCGACGGUGUGAACAACACUGUCAACAUGGUUGAUACUGUUGCUAGCGAGGCACCCGUCGGAAGUCCCCAGAAUAAAUACGGCAAUGCGUUCUACGCCAAGAAGACAAAGUUGAGGACGAGUGGGCAGGCCAAGACAGAUUACAACGGUGCAACGAGCAGGACGUGGGAGAUGGUUAAUGAGAAUAAGCUGCAUCCUUAUUCCAAGAAGCCUGCGUCUUAUAAGCUUGUUAGCAGAGAGGUUCCAGGUCUUUUGCCUAAGGAGGGUUCGCUGGUAUGGAAGCGAGCUGGUUUCGCCCGCCACGCUGUUCACGUCACACCUUAUCGUGAUGAUGAGCUCUGGGCCGCGGGUCGUCACGUCCCCCAAACAUCCGGCGAGCCAUCCCAAGGCCUCCCCGAGUGGAUCGCCGAAGGCACAGCAUCCACUGAAAAUACCGACAUUGUUCUCUGGCACACUUUCGGCGUGACACACAUCCCUGCCCCCGAGGACUUCCCUAUCAUGCCCGUUGAGCCAAUGACGUUGUUGCUCCGACCUAGGAACUUCUUUACGAACAACCCUUGUAUGGAUGUGCCGCCUAGUUACUCUAUUACUCCUACGCAGGUUGCGGAGAAGAAGGGGGCGCUGGAUCAGAGUGAUAAGGUUAGCCAGUUGGCUUUUGGGGGUAAGAGUUGUUGUUCGGGUGGUAAUGCUGCUGCGAGAUUGUAA